AUGCAUAGAAAUGGGGUUUUGCGAAAUGAUAUUAAUAUUUACGAGUAUUUUUUGUGUAGGAGGGAACAAAUACAAGAAGCAAUUAUCAAGAAGAAAGAGUGCGAUGCAAGAGCUUUGAAAAUUGUCGAACAGUUGCUAGAACCAGAAGUUGAUCCUUCAUGGCUAGUUGAAAAACUUCAACACAUCAACAGAUGUCACAUGGAGGAUGUGAUUGAAGAAAGAGCAAUCACUAGGAUAUGUGGUUAUGUAUUGUGCCAAAAGCCACUUACUGUUGUCUACAAACAACAAUAUCACAUAUCAUUAAAAGACAAACAAGUUUAUGAUGUUUCUAAGAGGAAAAACUUUUGCAGCUCAAGUUGCUUUGGUGCAUCAAACUACUUGCUCGAGCAAUUAUUGACCAGUCCUCUAUGGAUGAGAGACAAAGAAGAAAUUCCUACCUUUAAAAUAUUUAAAAAAGAUGUUUUAGGGAAAAAUAAUCAUCAUGGAGCUACAUUAGACUUAAAUCAAGGUUGCAGUGUAAAGGAAGAAAAUGAAAAGAAAGACCAGUCAGCAGAAAAAAAUUCAGUUCACGAGGAAAACGAAUUUGACUUAAACGAGACACAGGAAACUGAAGGUAGAGAAGUUUUAGGAAGUAUAGAAGACUUUGUUCUUAAAACUAUUAAGAAAGUGAGUAGAGAUACUUUGAGGGGCUCUUCUCAAAACGUGCCUAAUAUUAACGAAAGUAUAGAUAUCAAAGAAACUGAGAUACCAGUGGAAACUGUGUGCAAAGAUAAGUCAGUACUAGGUGAAAGUACAUCUGAAAUGGUUCAAAAUUCUGCUGAAAAAAAUGUUAUUAAGUGUUAUGAUGAUGCAAAGAAAGAUGGAGAAAUUUUGCAGCAAGUUGUAUACACUGAAAGCACUGCUGAAAAAAAUCAGGAUGCCUCCAUUAAACAAGAUGAUGAUGAUGAUGAUGACGAUAUAAUUGAGCAAUACAAUUAUUUUACAGACGAAUCUACAAGUAAAAUUUUAUCCGAAUCGUUUCCAGAAUCAAGUAUUGCGGUGAAGGAAAAAGAAAUAAAAAAAAAUUAUGUCGACUGUUCACGAAAUAAAAUGAAUGCAAGCGUAGUAGAAGAUUUAAAGCGUAUCAAAAAAGAUGAAUCUCCAAAAUCAGUUCCUGCAGUUCAUGCAGAAUCCCAGAAGAAGGAAAAGAUAGAAAAGAAAAAAUCCAGAGUAGAUAAAAAGAAAAAACGUGAAGUUGUUGUAGAAAAUUUAACUGCUGGGAUUGAAAAAAGUUUUCAGGAAUGGGUCACAGAAGAAACUAUUAGUUUUUUAUUUGGAGACGAUUCCGUAAAGCAAAAAGCUAUUGAAAAAGUAGCACACAGAGACAGAUAUUCUUUACUGUGCGAGAAAUUGGAUAGGUUGCAGUUUGAAGAUGAACAAGAAGAUACUUUGAUAUUAGAAAAACAAGUUUUAAAGCCAGCACCACACUUUGACGUUCUCAGAGAAGAAGGAAAGAAACUCGAAAUUAAGGUACAUGCUUUUUACCAAGGUAAAACAACAUUUGAGGAAUUGAAGAAUCCCGAAGCUGAGGAAGAUGAUCCUGAUACAGAUACUGUUUUACCUUUGACUGAAGCUCACGCUCCUCAAGCACUUCGUCGCAAAAUUUUCUUAGAAAAGCUUGACCACGUCUUACCGGACCUCUUAAGAACUUUGGCUGGUAAUAAUGAAGUUCAUACAAAAGCUUGUUUGAACUAUACCAGUGUGAGAUGUACUGCUGUGAAAGCUUUAGUGCAAACAUUUUCUUUAUCAGCUAACAAUAUAAUUUUAAAAACUGCUGAAUGGACUCUUGCUGGUCUUGUUAUUAUUAAAAUGCUAAGUUUACUGGAUCCUUGGCUGGCAAAUUUAUUAUUAACAAAACAAGCAAAUAUGUAUAUAUCUAUGAUUAUGGCCUCGUACUCGCUGGACGCGAAUUAUUUGAACCUUUUUGUCGCUUCGUUCAAUCCAAAUAUGAAUUAUUGAGAAAAAUCUUUUUCAUAAAAUUAAGAUAAAUCUUUUUAUUUUUACUAAACUUUGCUGGUU